GAAUAUCUGUGAAAAUCUUUGUACUCUAUGUCAAAACCCUACGAAGAUUAAAAAAAUAUACUUAAAUGCCAAAAGUCACAGGUCGGACGUAAAUAAAAAUAAAAUUGUGGGUACACAGAUAUUCAGGGAUUGAAAUCAAUAAUUAAAGGAGGUUCUGUCUGCAGAGUCAACAAGGAAUCUUCGUAUCAGACAUCUAAUUGUCAUAUGGAAGUCAUGCCUGAACAUCAAGAUCCAAAUGAAACAAUGAAGAAUGCAUUGGGGAUUGCCACCGCCGGUGACGGCAAGUUACCCUAUAGGCCAUUUAUAGACUGCAUGAAAGAAAUACGAAAAGAAUGGGGCACUCAGGGAACAAUGGACAAAAUCAUGAAGCAUCUGAUGUCCGACCCAGCUCCAGUGACAGUCAAGACGCUUACUGAUGCAGGUCCAGUCAUUCCCGGCUAUGAAGUCGUGGUUGCAGCUAUUUGCUUCUCAUCGUUAGCCAAAUUAAAGGAGCAGGGCUUCAUCAGCUUCGUGAAGGACCCUCGCACGCUUGAGAUAACAGAUGUGAUGCUCAGCAUAGAAAGAUUUGGCACCGAUCACAAACCACAUGAACUAAGCGAAUAUGAUUUGUUUAAGUAGAUUUAGGAAUUGACGCUUUGAUUUGCUACAGCUAGGACUGCCACCUUUUUUUUGAACAUGGUUUUUUUUUCUCAAAAUGCAGAAAAUUCCUCUAUGCAUGAUGUUUUUUGCUGGCACGAAAGUGUUUCGUAUUCCAUUAUUUUUCUAUAAUUAGAUAUGUAUAAAGAGGAUAAAUUGCCAAACAAAAUAGUAAAGGAGAGGAUAUUUAUACUAUUACUAUAUCUAUUAUAUAUUAUACGUAGGGUAGGUACGGACGGGUGGCAAUCCUAGCUACGGCAAGCCCGAAAUGCAGCUAAAUUUAGUUGUAUCCUUUAUGAUAAAUAGGAUACAUCUACCUCUAGUCGCAUGAGUGCGGCUGCACGUAGCUUUAGCCGGCUAGACCUACGUGUAGCCACUCUUCGGCCUUUAGCCACAUAAGGAUAAGGGAAGGUUCAUAUCUGACGGAACUUCGCGUCGCGUUAAAACACACAAAUAUGCGAUAAAGCAUUCGAUCAGUGGCGGAUUUACAAACUUGCCGCUAGUAGGCCAUUCAAUUUUUGCCGCCUCUAAUGAUUGUGAACUUAAUGAUAUUUUUGUCAGUUACUAGAUUAUUUUUGCAAGCCUCUAUGUACCGAAGAGUUUAAUGUUAACAAGUUUAUAUGACAGUGACUUUGAAGCGUAAAAACCUCCGUAACUUUUAAACGGCUCAAUCGAUUUUCAUCAAACACUAAAAAAAAACUAAAUUGAAAUUGGUUCAUUCGUUCGGGUGCUAUGACGCAGUGGCGACGUAGCAUCGGGUGGCACCCGGGGCGGACUACCUAUUGUGCAGCCCCCCC